UCUAGAGAUUAAUUGGCUGUGGUGUCCAAAGUCUUCUACCCUGUCCUUUCCUGUCUGAGAAGAGUCUUAUUUUGUCUGUUCUGUAGAUGGCACGAUACGAAGAAUGGAGUCCAAACCGUCAAGAAUUCCUCGAAGGAUAUCUGUUCAGGCCUCUAGCACUUCGCUAGGAUCUAGAGCAUUGACUGGAAGCAGUCUAGCUGGUGCGUACAGUGCAAGAGAGUCUUCACGGAGAUUAGAGUCUGGAUACCAGGAAUCGAGUGUAUUGAAUAGUUCCAGUAGAGACUGGGGAAUUGGAGAAAGAGAGGCCCAUGAAACUCCUUGGAAGCUUGCAACGUCCUCUCCAACUCGCUACUCAGGGACACUUGAUCAUCCACGAUCUGGAAGAUUUUUGGGCAGCAGAAACAGAUUGUCUACAUCUUCCUCCUCUCAUUUUACAUCUGCGUGUUAUGGUGAGUCGGAGACAACUCAGGGAGCAUAUUCAAGACUGAAUAGCCAGCAGCGAGACAGCGAUUCAAAGAGACCAAAGCUAUCUUGCACAUCUACCUCUUCUCUGAGAAAUAAUGGCUUGAAUGCAAUUUCAGAUUCCUCUUGGAGGUAUAGUCGGAUUCCCAGGUCUUCGUCAGUGGUGCUUGGCUCUCUGGGAACUGAGCUGGUGAGAGAACGGAGAGAGUUAGAAAGAAGAACGGAUCCGUCUGCUAAUAAUCUGGUGGAUCACAGCCACAGAAACAAUGACUUUUCAUCUUCAACAUAUUUUCAUGACAGGCCUGCCUCUUCAUAUGCACAGGGAGCAAGACCAAAAGAGAAUUCGUUAAGCACUUUGAGGCUGAAUGCGUCCAUGAACCGCCAGUUGCCUUCUGAUCAUCAGCCAUCUUUUUUCAACAGAGACUCUCAUAUGAGCUCUUCAAGAUCCAGCUAUUCUUCAAGACAAAGGAGAAAUGGAAUGCAGUCUCCCCAGAGGAGCAUGCAGUCAGAAUUUGCUCAUACUGCCAUUAGAGAUGAAACUCCUUCCUCAGGUGGUUCUGAAAGGAUUUUAUCUGCGCAGAGGUCACUGAAUGAGCCUGCCCCUGAUAGUGAAGGAAGACGCACAACCAGACAGCUGCUGUCUCGUUUAGCGUCUAGCAUGUCAUCUACGUUUUUCUCACGAAGGUCUAGCCAAGACUCAUUGCAUACAAGAUCAUCAGGCUCUGAGGAGUCCUGCGUUGUUCCAAGAGUUCAAGCUUCUACUCUGUCUAGCGCUAAUGCAGCUGCAGCUCCUGAAGUUCCAGGGCUUCAGACAUCUGAAGCUUCUCAGGGAUUUAGUUUUCUUAGACGAAGAUGGGGUUUAUCAGGAGUUUCACAGAACCAUAACUCUGACGGGGAAAGUUACAGACCAGACUCUGAAAGUAGGAGCGCAGGAUCCUGGUUAUCGUCAUCUUUGAGGAACAGGUGUACACCUCUCUUCUCUAGGAGGAGGAGAGAAGGAAGAGAUGAAUCUGCAAGGAUCUCUACCUCUGAUACACCUGCUAGAUCACAACAUGUCUUCAGAAGGAGAGAGUCAGGUGAGGAGACCUCUCUUGAAGCAUCAGAUAGCCCUCCUAGGGCUUCUGUUAACAGACCUCCAACACCUGCAGUAUCUGGUAUCCCUACAGCUACUGCCUCCCCACCAGAUUCAACCCACAGUAGGAGAAGUUCUGGAAUUCUGCCUGGUUCUCUCUUUCGCUUUGCAGUGCCUCCAACAUUAGGAAGCAGUCUCUCUGACAAUCUUAUGAUAACUGUAGAUAUUAUUCCCUCUGGCUGGAAUCAAUCUGAUGGACCGGAAAGUGACAAGUCUAAAAUACCACCUUCAAGAGAUCCAGAAAGACUCCAGAAAAUCAAAGAGAGUCUGCUCUUAGAAGAUUCUGAAGAUGAAGAGGGUGACUUGUGCAGAAUCUGUCAGAUGUCUUCUGCAAGCUCUAACAACCUUUUAAUAGAGCCAUGCAAAUGCACUGGAAGUCUGCAAUAUGUUCACCAGGAGUGCAUGAAAAAAUGGCUGCAGUCCAAGAUUAAUUCAGGUUCUUCUUUGGAAGCGGUAACCACUUGUGAAUUGUGUAAAGAGAAGUUGCAUCUUAAUCUUGAAGACUUUGAUAUUCAUGAACUCUAUAGGGCACAUGCAAAUGAACAAGCAGACUAUGAAUUUAUCAGCUCUGGUCUCUACCUUGUAGUGUUGUUACACUUAUGUGAACAGCGCUUUUCUGAUAUGCUGGGAACUUCAAAUGAGGCCAGCACGCGUGUCAGAUUUAUUAACCUUGCAAGAACUCUUCAGGCACAUAUGGAAGAUAUUGAAAGUAGGUGUUCCCACCCCUCCUCCCCCCAUUAGAUUCACUCAGAGUUACAUGCAUACAGUCCUCUUUGUCAAGAUUCAUACUACCAAAUUUAGUCACUGAAAAAUUGACUUUACCUAGCAGUGUUUUUUCCAGUUUCGGUAGAAUUGUUUUGGGGGAGAACUGACUGAAUUUUCCGUGAUUGAUUUCCCAACAGCAGAGGGAACUGAGGAAGUGUCUUCUGCAAGUGAUACCAAGAUUCCUCACUAGUUACAGUGUGGUUAUUUUAAUUCUAGUAGAACAUAGUUAUGGAACUGGUGGUGACCUUCAGGCUGUAGCAUUUCACAUGAGUCCUAGUAGGAAAGCAACAUUUUGGAUCGAAUUGGACUGCACUUAAUUAUGAUAGUCUCAGAAUUAUCCACUUUUGGGUUCAAAAACAGUUGCCUGCUUUGCCAAAGCACUAGCCUACUUUUCACCACAUGGGUCCUGUGUUGUGGUUAAAUUCACAAGUAUAUGCUGACUUUUGGUCAACUUAACCUGCAUUUAAGUAUUAUUCUUGAGCAUUAUGAAUAGACAAUGGAAAGGUACCUGGGGCUACUUCUUUUUCUAGGGCGUUUGUGUCUGUCUGCCUGUCCCCCUCAACACGCAAAGUUUUUAUAUGGAUUUAUCUUUCAGUUCAUAAGAUUUUGGUAUUCAGAGUACAAUAGGGAAUGCUAUAAAAGGAAAUAAGUUUUCCUUUAGUUUAGCAGAUGAUUAUUUCUAUAUUCAGAGCAUUAAAUAAUAUUUUUUUUAAAUAAAUGUGGAUUGUGGAGGUGAGAAUUUAUUCCGUAGUUAUGUGUUUCCUUGUUACAAUAGAAAUUAAUUUUAAUGAGGAGUGUUUCACACAGUAGUUUGGCCUAUGUUUUAUCUAGGCUUGGCCUAUGUUUUAUCUAGGCUUUACCAAACUUGCAGGUGAGGAUUACUGAAGUAAACUUUAAUCUUGACACUAUUUUGUUGCACUUCCUUUUUAAGAAGCAUUUUUAGGGGACCGCAGAAGCGACAAGACAGACCAUGCUUCCUUCUUUAUGUUCAGAGAUUGACUUUGAGAUGGAUUCUUGGGUGUGCAAAUACUUUCUUGGCAAGAGAGUUUGCUCAAGAGGACAGAUAAAACUCCUGUUAGGCACAAGAUAACACAUUACAAACGUACUGUAGAUGUUUGAUCUGGCUUUUUAUCACAGUUAUCUGGCUUUUUAUCACAGUUGACAAGUAUGUAUUUGUUCUUUAAUUCAUCUCGCAAGGAAAUCCUGUGCAUACUUAGGAUUCAUGUUCAUUUCACAUAAAUUGAAGGAAGGGGGGGUGGGGAGAGAAGCUUCUGCUUCAAAGUAAGACUGAUUUAAUUGCAUUAAACAAUAUAUAUUUUUAAUAGUUGUUCUGUUUUAGAGUACUGCACAUUUCUAGAUAUUUUAGUGUGCAAAUAGUUAACUAUGUGAGUCAUUUAUUUCCCUUGGGUUGAGUGCAGCUGUCAUGGAUUGUACAUACUCUCCUGUUACUACUGUUGGAAUUAGUCACUGUAAACAUUAUAUAAAAGUUGAGUCUCUGGCAUAAUCUUCCUUUUGUAUUCUUCCUUUUAUUUUAUGUUGAGGGGGAGCAGGAGGGCUCUGCAGUUGGUAAUAAUGGACUUGAGCUUAAAAAUGAUACGUUUUUAGACAUGAAAGACAUUUAAGAAUUAAGCUAUAUAAUUAAUAUAAACAAAGUUUUGAUUUGUGGGACGUUUUGAUUUUAUAGUCUGGUAUUAUAAAGUUACCUUUAUUUCCACUGCUCAUCCUAAGCUAAAAGUGCUCUAAUUCUGCAUUUCACAGAGCUUUAUGAGGGCUUCUGAUUAUACUAUGUUGUUCCAACAGCUUCUGAGGAUGAUUCUGAAGACAGUGAUACUGGCAGAACUCUUGACACUGCUUAGUACUGCGCAAGGCAGUGGAAGUGCUGCAGAGA